GCCUAACCAACACCGCUGUGUAUUCGGAUUUUUUUUUGUAUUCGAGUAUACACUUUUUUCGGUUAUCCCAUUCAUUGAUUUUUCGCUAUCCAAACGGGGAAGUUAGGACACGGAAUUCCUGAGAGAGAUAUCCAGAGGUCCAAAGAAACCAUGUCGGAGGCCGCGGUGCCAGCGAGCAAUGCAAAUGCAAAUGCCAGCGAAAAGAUGGCUAGUUUGGUGCGGGAGGCGGAAAACCUGAAGACCAAACUGGAGGAGGAGCGCCAGAAGUUGAACGAUGUCAAUUUGUCCAACAUUGCCGAGCGGCUGGAGCAGAUUGCCUAUGUAAACAUCAAGCCGCGCAAAGUGCUCAAGGGCCAUCAGGCGAAGGUCCUGUGCACCGACUGGAGUCCCGACAAGCGUCACAUCAUCUCUUCGUCGCAAGACGGGCGGCUUAUCAUCUGGGAUGCGUUUACCACAAACAAAGAGCACGCUGUCACAAUGCCAACCACCUGGAUAAUGGCCUGUGCCUAUGCUCCGUCUGGGAAUUUCGUCGCUUGUGGCGGAUUGGACAAUAAGGUCACAGUGUAUCCAAUUACGUCGGAUGAAGAGAUGGCCGCAAAGAAGCGUACGGUGGGCACUCACACCAGCUACAUGUCGUGCUGCAUCUAUCCGAAUUCUGAUCAGCAAAUCCUUACGGGCAGCGGCGAUUCCACAUGCGCCCUGUGGGACGUGGAGUCGGGCCAGCUGCUUCAAAGUUUCCAUGGACAUUCUGGCGACGUAAUGGCCAUUGAUCUGGCUCCCAACGAAACUGGCAACACAUUUGUUUCAGGCAGUUGUGAUCGCAUGGCCUUCAUCUGGGACAUGCGCUCGGGUCAUGUGGUACAGUCCUUCGAGGGUCAUCAAUCGGAUGUGAAUAGUGUCAAAUUUCAUCCUUGUGGCGAUGCUAUAGCUACGGGAUCGGAUGAUAGCAGCUGUCGGCUGUACGAUAUGCGUGCUGAUCGUGAGGUGGCAGUGUUUGCCAAGGAGAGCAUUAUCUUUGGCGUGAACUCUGUGGAUUUUUCGGUCAGUGGAAGAUUACUAUUUGCCGGCUAUAACGACUACACUGUCAACUUGUGGGACACCCUAAAAUCUGAAAGGGUUUGCUUGCUUUACGGACAUGAGAACAAGGUGUCCUGUGUCCAGGUCUCGCCCGAUGGAACCGCUUUAUCCACUGGCAGUUGGGAUUACACCAUCCGGGUGUGGGCCUAAGACAUGAACAAAUUCUUAUUGUUGGGGAGGGGAAUCUGUCAAAGGCAGAUGCUGCCUCGUUUGGUUUUUUAUUAGGUUCCAUCAAGUCUCUAUUUUGUUUUUGUUGUGCAUUUUUAGGAUAGAUAAUUUAAUAUGAUAAUCCUUAUGUACAUGUAUAUGUGUCUCAUAUCGGGAUUUUCAAAGUAUGUCUUGGAUACCGCAGUGUUAUGCUUAUUGCCAACUGCUGUACUAUAUUGAGCCCAAAAACAAAGAAUAUAUAUAUAUAUAUAUAUAUAUAUAUAUGUGUAUCUAUUAACGUGUAACCAUUAUGCGACUAGUUAUAAGUUCCUGUUCGAAAUAAAUGUUGAGCGAUAGAA